UCCUCAAAAUCCCCAAAUCUCCAUUUCCCAGCUCUAACCCUAGGCGCAGACCGGCCGUGCAGUGCGGCUGCGGUGGGAGAGGAGCCUCUGCCGGCGAAGCGAACUUAGCGAAGCCUCGCGACUCGCGGGCUCCAGGAGGGGAUCCGUUCCGUCUUGGUUGUUUCCUGGUUUGCAGGUCGACGCGGUGGCGGCACCAUAUGUAUAUCGAUUUGUUUAUGGUUGUUGAUCGAUAGCAACACAGGGCUCCAUGUUUGCUACAGAAGGAUUUGGUACCUAGGCUUCCUCAAGAUUGCUUACUAUGGCUUCCGAGGAAACCAAACCAAAGAAGCAAAGAGAUGAGGAAUGCAUUAUAAACGGUCUCCCAGGAGAACUCAUUGAGCGGAUAUUUUUGAAGCUUCCAGUGAGCACUUUGUUGAGGUGCACUGGUGUUUGCAAGCAGUGGCACAAAAUCAUCCGAGAUCCUCAGUUUGUCACCUCUCACCUCCAGGAUGCGCCCCAAUGUGCCAUCCUAUUCUUUCCGCAAGAGUCGGUCUCAGGUGAGCCCCAUCCUGCUGAUGCUAUCCUGAUUGAUGAAGCCUGGUUGCCAUCGACAUAUGCAGUGCCAGUGAUUGGGCCUGAUGAUCUCCUUUGCGGUUCAUGCAAUGGGCUUCUUGUCUUAUACACAAAGUCAUCAACACUCAAGGUAGCUAACUUUGCAACUGGUGAAUGCCUGCAUCUUGAGAAACCUGUAAAGAAUUUGAGGGGUGAUCACUUCUUGUUCUACAACUUUGGAUUUCACCCAUUGACAAAAGAAUACAAGAUUAUACACUUCCUUGGUGAUCCUGUUGUGGGCAGCACUCGCUCCCAUAAUAAUAGCAGAUUCAGCGUCAUUCAAGUUUACACAUUUGGUGAUGAGAAAUGGAGAGAUAUCAAAACUCCCGAAGCCCUAAGCUUAAACUGUGUAAAAAACUCUGGAGCAGUCAAUAUUGACGGAACAAUGUAUUGGCUAACUGAAGACAUGAUAGCUAGCUGGCAGCAUGCAGUUAUGGCCUUUGAUCUCAAUGAAGAAAGUUUUGCACAGAUACAACUACCAGCAACUGUACAUGAAGAUUGUGCAGGCGGCGGUCCCCGUCCGUACUGGAUCCGAGAGAUAGAUAGGAAGGUAUGUAUAGCAACAGCUCAAGCCUGUCCGUCUCUUCCCAGAAGGCUUGUUGGUAUGUUGCAGAUCUGGGAACUUGAGAACAAAACGGAGCAUAGGUGGAGCCGGAAGUACAAUAUUCAGUACUCGCCAGAUUACAUUCUGGGUCCAAAUUUGGUUCAUGGGGAUAAGAUCAUAGUGCCACGUCGCGCUGGCAACCUAUAUUCCUAUGAGUUGCUCGGGGAGAACUUCAAUACUAAAUUGUGUAAGAUGGCAAAGCUGUUAGAUUUCAGUCCCCACAAGCCUGACAACAUGCAAUCCUAUAUCUGUGUGAAGUCACUUGUACGUUUAGAUGCAUACAAGAAGGCUGGCAUCACGCGUAGGCCAAAACAGAGGGAAUGCUGGGAAUUGAAGAAGUGGGAGGCGUGGGAGUACCAGCUCUCUGAGAAUGAAAAACUGUGGACUAACAUUUAUGGAGAAGAGCACGAGGGAACUGCAUUUGCAGAACGCAAUGGCAUAUCACUCAAUGGUCUACUGCCGCAUAUAUUGGAUGAUGCAAUUCGACAGGAUGUAAGCAUGAAAAUCAAUCUAAUAUAUCCAAGCUUUCCAGAUCAGCAACCAAGGACCCUCCGGCGGCUUAAUUGUGCAGCGCGCAACCGAGAUAGGGAAAAUUUAUCUGCUCGUAUGGAGAAUUAUAAUAGUAUUAUGAAGGCAUCGAGGGAGGCUAUGUAUAAUAUCAUUAGUAUGAUACGUAGUGCUGUAGACAAUCAGAGGGGUGCUUCGGGCUCAAAUGCUGGCAUUUCUUCUCAGAAUCGCAGUGAGGGCGAUGAUGCGAAGGCUUAAUACUUCAGAAUCUAUCAUGAGGGCGAUGACGUUCAACACUUGUUUCUUUUUGUCACCGAGGGACCGUUUACCUCUUUUACCUGUACAAAAAGUUCUUUUUGAAGUACCGUCUGUGUGCUGCUAUAUUUUUUUGUUUUUCGUUUGAAUUUCAGUCCUUGUGAUCUAAUUAACUUAUUGGUCGAUUCGAGACCUUGGAGAAUUUGCGGGACAGCAAGACCUUUGAUCUGAAGGUCAAACCAACUCUUUGCCACUGAAUAAUAUGCAUCGAAGCU